AUGCUACGCUCCAGGGCUUGCGAUUUUCGCGGCCAUGGUCAACUGGCAGCGGUGAUUACUCUUAUUAAUUGCACAAUGGGUGUUGUUGCUUUAGCGAUGCCCUACUGUUUUCAACAGUGUGGAGUGCUACUGUCAGUAGUUUCAAUCCUAAUUACUGGCAUUGCCUGUACAGGAUCGUGUGAUUUGCUCAUUAGGCUCUGCCUAACCCACAGAGUUACAUCCUUUGAAAAAACUUGUUUCCGACAUCUUGGUAUUCUUGGAAAACUCCUCACUGAAUUAAGCAUUAUAGGGCUAAUGCUUGGAUUUAUCGUUGGAUACAAUGUGAGCUUAUCUGAUUUGGGCUCUGGAAUCGCUUCGAAACUUUUUAUUAACAGUGAACCAGAAAAUCUACGGAUCCCCAUCCUCACUUUGUUCACGGUGAUAAUCACACCUCUCUGUUUCCUUACCAGGGUGCAAAGUCUCUCAAAUUUGAGCGCAUUCGCCAUGCUUUUCUACUGUCUCAUGAUUCUGCACAUGGUCUUUGUUAUUGGAUUGCCAAAACUGUUCACCGAUUUUCCUCUGUCUCACAUGAACUGGUGGCGUCCCGCAGGUCUCAUCAAUUGUGUUCCCAUCUUCUUCGCUUCACUUUUCUGCCAAACUCAGCUGCACACUGUCUACUGCGGCUCUCAGCACCUGUCGGUGAGUGACAUGCGACGAACCGUCCGACUGGUCAUGGUCAUUAUCGCUGUCGCUUACAGUCUGUUUGGAUUUUUCGGCUAUGUAGCGUUUGUCAAUAGUGGUGAAUUGCCCGGCAAUGUGUUCCUGAUUUACCCGAACGAUCUGCGCAGUUUGUGCGUCCAGGCUGGCUUCUUGUUCACUGUGACCGUGUCGAUUCCGCUCACCCUAUUUCCUCUUCGUGAAUCGUUGAGCAGUUUUCUGUUCCACAGAAAUCCAUCGUGGGCAGUUGACACCGAUAUCGGAUUGGAUAUUCCGGUACCCAAGAACCGUUUUCGCCUGAUGACUGUUUGUGUGCUGGCUGUAUGCUUUGCACUCAGCUUAACCACAAGCAAAAUUGAAAUCAUCAUCCAGUUGACGUCCACUCUGGCGGGCUCUCUGGUCGGUUAUAUUCUACCUGGUUUGACGGCCACGUACGCAUUUACGCAUGACAAAUCGGCGCGUCAACGACGCCACGCAACCAUGGUCUUGUUGGUCGGAGUUAUGUUGCUUGCUUUCAGUCUUCUAACUGCGCGUUACGUACCGGAUUCCGUCGGAUCCCUCCCGGCAGGCAUUCAGCCUGCAAUCCCGGCGCCACAUUUUAAGGCUGGGCCAGAUUCCGUUGCCAUAGCUGAACCUGCUGCUGCUGCAGAGCCGCCAAAACGGUCGAUCGAUGCGAUUCUCGAUAAACCGGACGGUUUAAAAAACAGGGACGUCGAUGUUAGACUGGAACCAAAGGCUGUCAAACAGGACAUGAAUGUGAACGGUUCCGAACGGAAAUCUUCGGUCAUUGACGGUAAUCUGAAUGGACCAGCACGGAUUGAUCGAGAGCCGAACGAGAACCAGUUGGAGUCCGCUGCAAAGAAGCCGGUACAAUCAAUUGUAAGGCCUGAGUUAGAAAAGCUUCCGGAUAAUGUGGUAAUGCCCGUGAUUCAUAGACAAGCGGUGACAACCUCGGCGGAUGCUGUUGUGAAAGAAAACGAUGGGCUAGCUCGUGUUGAUCGAGAACCGAACGAUGAAAGACCGAAGCGUGCUAUUGUGAGCAGACCGACUGAGACGAGUGAGAAACUCCCUAAGGGGCCCGCGAAAGAUGUCGCUUUGUCGACAGCGGUUCCCAAAAUAAAAAGUGGUAAUGAGCGGCCUCUGGUUUCUUCAUUGACAAACAGAGCUGAGGUGGACUUAAACGCGCCAGGAUGGAUUGAAACCCAGGAAAAACAAGUCAAACGGUCCAUCCAGUCUGAGCAGCUUUUGGUGCGAAACUCAACUCUCGCAGACUCCGUAGUGUCCGCUAGAGUAAAGGAUAAACGGAAUUCAAAGAGCACUUCACCUGCUCCGCUGACUGGAUCGGGUAUCCCAAGCCCUGAAGAAAGUGCUUCCAGAGUCAAGUCCACUAAAGUCAAAGAUGAAAACAUAAGAGCUAACCAACAGGAAAAUCCUGCAACUGCUGCCCCGGAGACUUCGACGUCACAAGUGCUAACCACAACUAUGCCUGCUAAUAGUAUGGGUACUCAACAGCCGUCAGGAAGACAAAAAAUAUCAGUUGACGAGAAAUCCACUCUUCCUCCAAAACAAUCGCAACAAGUAGCACCCGAUGAACAAGGGGGAAAGAAACCCUCAGUUCGGUUGGAGGUAAGGUGA